CAAGCAUUGCAUUUGGCCACCUUUCCGACCUGAUUUAUACGGAGUACACUGCACAUCCUUCCAACCUACUCGGAGUGAGUUCAACCGGGAAAUCCCAUUCGGUUCCGAGAUUCUGAUUAUACCAUCCCUCCCUCCUUUCUACUUGGAGAUCCGACAUGGCCUGGUUUCCCUCCUCCGUGGACUCGGACGACUCAGGAUGGCACUUCGAUGUGUUAAUCUUGCUCGCCGUCAUCGGAGGAUCUGCCAUCGCCCAACACAUCCCCGCCAUCACGGCCUCGAGCUUUUCCAUCCUGCCACGACUCAUGCCAGCACCCGAGACCUUCCUCGAAACCGACCGCAAGAAACGCAUGCCGGGAAAGGGUAACGUCAAAGUCGUGGGCGUCAACUCUGGGACCUUAACAUCGGAACUGAACUACUUUGCGAACCUGAUCCACGAUGUCGACUCCCUCCAACCGUACGAGUUCAAGGUCUACGACGUCAAAUUACGAGGCACGAGCGAUGUGGAAAACAACCACAUCCAGGGCAUUCGAGGCAUCCGGGUCAAACAUCUCUCGUGGUCCAAUGCAGCCACCGUCUUCUCCGUCCUCAUCACCAUCGGUCUCUUCAUCGCGGCCGGAGUCGUCCACGAUGGUGUGGCUCUGCUGGCACUCUCCCUCAUGGCUUUGUCCUCCAGUGCCGCGAGUACAUCGGCAUGGUGGACCCCGAAACUGUCCACGCGCACCGCCAAAUGCAACGUUCCCCAGGCCGACCUGGUGAUCAUCACGCGAGGCUGUGCCAUGGUAGUGGUCAAAUGCGACGAAACCGUGAGUCGCGAACUCUACGUGGGCAUGGACGUCUGCGACUUCAGCUUCACCGAGCACUGGCAUCAUCUCCUGCUAUGCAUCAGUACACUUCUCCUGAUGGUCUCGGUAGUCCUGUUCAACAACUGCCGCUGGCAAAUGCAGGUCGCGAUCGGCGCGGCAUAUUUUCUUCUGAACAUCCAAUACUGGCUAGUGGCGCUUCUGGUGGAUCCGAAAAGCAUGUGGGACUUGAGUCGAUAUGACAUCCGAGAGGUGAUGACAGCCCCAGGGGACAAUUUUACUAAGACGUUGUGGCUUGCGAUUCAGCACACGGGGUCCGUGAAAUGGGCCGAGCAUGCUGCCGUGAUCCCUCAAUCGGAGAAAUGGAAAGAGUGGCAGGAAAAGGCCGAGAACCAGGUGACGAACUUUCCGGCUUGGGAUGCGGUUGGGGAGAAGGAUCGAUUGUUUAAUGGGGCCAAUGCUAAGGUCGAUCCGAGGGAGGAAUCGUCGUCGGAUGCGGAGAAAAUUGAAGACCCCAUUCCCAUUGUGUCCUGAGCUCGGACUCGCCGUCAAGGCCGCUGCUUCGCUUGCACGCCAUGUCAUAGGGGGAGCUUUAUACCAAGCGAUGUCCGCCACGACCCAGUCGUUUCAAACAGCGUCGACGAGGCAGAGUUCUUUGGGUCAUUGUUCUGUGGUAACUUUAUAUAUAAAGCUAAUCUAUUCUCUUUAACCUUGUAGCUAUAGAGAAACGAAAAAGGUACUGCACAUUCGACUGAUGGUCUUCGGCAUGUAGGGGGUUUUCUUGUUCGAAAAUGCCCACUCCGAUAGAUCUAGAUCUACAAUAUGUGCUACCAUGCUGCU